AGUCCAUGCAUAAUGCAUACGCUGUAGAAAAUGAAAAAGUUUUAUUUAUUACUGAAAAUAAAUUAUUUGUUUUUGAUACAAAGGAUCUAUUCAAAGAAACUUUUUGCUUGUUCAGAUUUUCUGUCAGAAUUGCUUCAACAUUUGUUUAUCUCUCAAAAACCCCUCCAAUCCUUCUUUCAAAACCUUUAAAUCCUUCAACUUCCAUCAUAUCAUGUCUCCACUUCAUGCAUGUUUCAAAUGUCCCCCCCCCCACCCCUUCUGAAAUUACUCUCCCACUUUUAUUUCACUGGCCUCUUAUGUUUCUCCCCCCUCCCCUUUCAACCCAAAUUGCCUCCUUUUUAAUCUUUCCAUUCAUACUUCAAAUCCCCCUCCCCACUUUAUUAAACUGUGAUACCACCGAUGUAUACUUUGAACCAGCUUUGAACCUCUUUCCUCUUUCAGUUCAUACUAGUAUCUCGAGCGAGAAACACCUUGUGAACCAGCUCCGGCUUUGUAGUGAUAGUGUGUACACUGUACUGCAAAUCUCAGCAAAUUAAAAAUUGAUCUCAUGAUGGGGGGCAGAUAUGUGUUUAAAUGAUCUCAAACAAUGUCUGAUGUGUCCUAUUUAUUAUUGGUUUGGUUUCCAGCCGCCCUUAUUUUCUCUCCUCGACUUUUCGCACAUCUAUUCCUUCUUCUUAUGCCAGGAAUAUGUAUUUUCAACCAAUCAGACUAUUCUCAUGGCUCAGCAAAAUCAUUUUCAUCAUCAGACUUGAGAAUUUUAAGAACAUCAAGGCUGGAUAAAAGCAAAGUUUUAGAACAAAUGUUAAUAUUAAACUCUAGAAAUCCAAUAAGUGAAACUGUUCAAUCCAAUUUAACGGAUGAAACAUUAAAUAAUGAAAAUAAUUUAACGGUGCUAAGUUCAAACUCCAUUUUAUAUUCUUCAUCUUCAACCUCCACCUUGAAUUAUUCAACUUCAACCUCCAUUUUGAAUUCUUUACCUCCAACCUCCAUUUUGAAUACUUUACCUCAAACUGCCAUUUUAAAUAGAUUAACUCCAACCUUCAUUUUGAAUUCAUCAACUCAGUCCUCCAUUUCGAAUUUACCAACUCCAUUCUCAAUUUUGAGCUUAUUAACUCCAACCUCAAAUAUGAAUGCAUCAAAUCCAACCUCCAUUUUGAAUGCAUCAAAUCCACUCUCCAUUUUGAAUGAAUCAAAUCCAACCUCCAUUUUGAAUGAAUCAAAUCCAACCUCCAUUUUGAAUAACUCGUCUCCAUCAACGACACCGGAGGAAAGUAAAUCUAGACAAAAAAGAGGACUUUGGGAUUUGCCUUGGUUCGAACAAUGGAAACAAACGACAAUCCAAGAAAUUUUAAGAAGAAUUAACAAAAGAAAUCUGGUGACCUACACCCUAUCCCGAGAUACAAUAGCAUUUCUGAUGAUAAAUGGCUGUUGGUUGCUGCUUUAUGCACUUUUCUGGAGAGGAAAUUCGGGCCUUCAGCUUUUAAUUGACCCGUUUGAGCUGACCGCGAAUGACCGGCUAGUAUCCCUGGAAGUAUUUGAAGACCAAGUUGACCUGCACAGUAUAAUAAACUUCUUCAUGACCCCGACCACUGUAGCCAGGAAUAUUGGUAUCUCAACUAGUAUAUUUUUAAUCACCGUAUUCCUAUGGCUGGCUCCUACAUUACUUUACAAACUUUUCCCGGCCCAAACAGCUAAUGAAAGGAUGUCAGAGGAGGAUGAGUAUUUUGAAAACUUAAGUCGAGCGCAAGAAAGGUUGGAGGAGGAAAUGGAACGAACUGGAGGAUUAAUAGAAGUUUACAGAUCUACAACAAUACAGGAUAUAUAUAACAGGGUAUUGUGUCCGACGUGUAUAGCCCGAGUUCUUUUUAUAAAUUCAUUAGUGGUAAGUUUUUUAUUACAAUUUUUGUAUUCAAAUUUACUGAACCUAUUUGUCAGUAUAGCAAA